AUGUCUGCAUUCAAGCCCGGCCUGCCAGCAGCGCGGCCGACGCAGGACCAAGCCGGCACCAAGCGCAGUCGUCCGUGUGAUGCUUGUCGAAGACGCAAAAGUAAGUGCGUUACCGAGCAUGGAUACUCCAUGUGCGUCCUCUGCAAAUUCCACAAUCAAGCCUGCAAGUACGAAGAAGCGCCACAGCCAAGGAAGCGGUCAGCAGCUCAAGGUAGCGCCGGUAGCACGGCAGAGUCGCAACCACCUUCUAAGCGCAGUAGAACGAUCCAUAUCCGGCCGGGUACAGGAGUCGAAGAGUACGACACUUUGCCUGGACCUUCGUUACUCAAGCGUACCUUGGGUCUGCAGAACUCCCACCAUUCAGAAUACGUUGGUCCUAACGCCAUCCCGGAUGUAUACGGUGGACAGCGCUUGGAGCGUUACGAUGGUGAAAGCGAUGACCACUCUCAACCAGAAGCCGAGCAUAUUCGCUUCGUACACCCUUCUGCUGCUUUUCGGAUCAUCCCAGACAUACGCACGCCUGGUUAUGAUCAAGAGCGCUCAGAUAUUGACGAAAUCGAAAAGACUGCUGCAGGUCAUGGUCCAGAGCUAGUGCAGCUGUACUUCCGCAUUGUGCACCCCUCGUUCCCUAUCUUGCACAAGGAAGUGUUCAUAGAAAAGUAUGGCCGGUCGUUUUGCGAGUUCGCACCACCGCUACUCGCCGCUGUCUAUCUUCUGGCAUCAUCGUAUUGGGCCUAUUCCGAGGCUCUAGCAGCGGUGCGCCGGAUUGACACGGAUCGCUUGCAGGUUCUUGCAUUCAAUGCUCUGCAAAACACGAUGCGUCGCCCGAAGCUAUCGACGAUACAGGCUGGGCUUCUCUUAUCGCAAUAUCAGAAAGCUUUCAUGGGUCCGGUUCCCAACGAGCAGCGUGAUCGUCUUACGGUGCAGCUGGUCAACAUUGCCCACGGCCUUGGCAUACAUCUUGACUCCUCUCAGUGGGAUAUCCCUGACUGGGAAGUUGGUGUUCGGCGACGGAUAGGAUGGGGACUCUACAUGCAGGACAAGUUCUCGGCGUUGCUCGAGAGCCGCCCAUCUCUCAUCAGCCACGAAGAGUGGGAUGUAGAGCCUCUAUCUGAGGAGGACUUUCCUGAGACCACCGAGGACGACACCGAAGGGAGCAGCGAAGUUGGCAGAGGUAGACUUGUUUACACGCACAUGGCCGAUCUGAGCGCUAUUUUGGCCGACAUACUCUCGACACUUUUCUCGGCUCGUGGAUGUCGUGCCAUCGACAGCAGUAUAAAUCGUCUUGCGGCUUCCCUGGAGCAGAUAAAGCCCUUACAGAUCAGACUGAAAGACUGGUCUUUGACUUUACCAGAGUCGUUGAAGAUGGACUCAGCGGCCUCGAUGAAACUUUCGAGCGUCGGUUAUCUACGACUGGCAUAUUUGACCAUUGAAGUAUGCAUACAUCGUGUGCUCAUACGAGCGCUUGCCACCACGGAGUACCUGGAUCCGACAAUGGUGCAGGUGGUGAGGGUUGCUGCUAAAGAACGUUUGAGCAACGCCACAGACUUUGUGCAGCGCCUGCAAGCACAGCAUUUGCUCUCAUUCUGGUAUUUCCCCUCAGCCAAAUGCUGCGCCCUGAUAUAUGCAUUCGGGCAGGCGCUGCAAGACACGGCUCAGACCGAGGAGGAACGCGCCCAGUAUUCUACGAAGCUGAAAGAAUUCAAGUGGACGCUGAAGGUCAACAGUGAGGCUGGCGCAAGUUUCAUGAAGCAGGCACUUGCCUUCAUCAGUCAACCAGUACGAAUCACCUCACAGCAUGUUGAUCACAGUUCAGUCACAACGAGCCCAGUCUCGAUGGGGUUUGCAGUCCAAGGCACGGAAGCUUCGCCGGCCCAACAGUGGUUCCCGCAUCCCACAACCAACGGCAGCAUUCCAUAUGGACCUCUUCACGGUGACUACAGCCUCGAUCAUACCGGCUUCCCCGACCCAAACGCCAUGUUCGUGCACUUACCAAAUGACCUGGACGGGUCUUGGCUACCCGGCAUGAGCUGA